GGAGUCUGGCCCGCCACCCGCCCUGCGAACGCCCCCGGCCCGGGCCGCGGGUCCCAGCAGGCACCGGGCGAAGGAGCUGCUAGAACAAUGCUGAGGCGGGCGAGGUGAGGAGCGGCCGGCUCUGCCGCUGCACGGAAGCCCCGAAGGGGGACCUCGAACAGGUGAUCCGAGGAGCCCGAAACUGAGGCCACCUGGGCAUCCCUCGCCUCGCCUUGGCCAGGCCCUGAGUCCAAGAAACGGUGGGGAAACCAUGGCGACCAAUUUCAACGACAUCGUCAAGCAAGGCUAUGUGAGGAUGAAGAGCAGGAAGCUUGGGAUCUACCGCCGCUGCUGGCUGGUGUUCCGGAAGUCCUCCAGCAAGGGGCCCCAGCGGCUGGAGAAGUAUCCGGACGAGAAGUCAGUGUGCCUCCGAGGCUGCCCCAAGGUGACUGAGAUCAGCAAUGUCAAGUGUGUCACGCGGCUCCCCAAGGAGACCAAGAGGCAGGCGGUGGCCAUCAUAUUCACUGAUGACUCAGCUCGUACCUUCACCUGCGACUCAGAGCUGGAGGCGGAGGAGUGGUACAAGACCCUGUCUGUGGAGUGCCUCGGGUCGAGGCUCAACGACAUCAGUCUGGGAGAGCCGGACCUCCUGGCCCCCGGGGUGCAGUGUGAGCAGACAGACCGCUUUAACGUCUUCCUGUUGCCGUGCCCCAACCUGGAUGUAUAUGGCGAGUGCAAGCUGCAGAUCACCCACGAGAACAUCUACCUCUGGGACAUACACAACCCCCGCGUGAAGCUCGUCUCGUGGCCCCUCUGCUCGCUGCGCCGCUACGGACGGGAUGCCACACGCUUUACCUUCGAGGCUGGCCGGAUGUGUGAUGCUGGCGAAGGGCUCUACACCUUCCAGACGCAGGAAGGGGAACAGAUUUACCAGAGGGUCCACAGUGCCACCCUGGCCAUUGCUGAGCAGCACAAGCGGGUCCUGCUAGAAAUGGAGAAGAAUGUGCGGCUGCUCAACAAGGGCACGGAGCACUACUCCUACCCCUGCACACCCACGACCAUGCUGCCCCGCAGCGCCUACUGGCACCACAUCACAGGCUCCCAGAACAUCGCCGAGGCUUCCAGCUACGCCGGUGAGGGGUGUGGGGCAGCCCAGGCCAGCUCAGAAACGGACCUCCUCAACAGAUUCAUCCUGCUAAAGCCAAAGCCCAGCCAGGGGGACGGCAGCGAGGCCAAGACCCCAGCCCAGUGACAGGAGGGCUGGCGCGCACUGAUGACUACCGUGGCUGCCCACUGCGGGGCUGGCCGCAGCGUACCGUGGACCGCCUCGAGGGGCUACUGGCCAAGAGCCUGGAGACAGGGAGCAAGCUGUCCCUUCCUUGCCCCCGUGGGUGAGGCUGGGCCAAGGCACAGGGCUGGCCACACCACCUGAGCAUGUGUGAGGGGCUGGAGCCACCACGGGACUAUAUACUGUUCAUGAUUUUAAUAUAUAUGGCUUAUGACAUAUUCUAUAUUAACGAGAUGCCCCCCGUCCCUCCCUGCCACCACAUACACAUUUUUGAACCCCACGACCAGGCCACAGUCAAGGCUGGCUUUGAAUGUCCCCGGUGGCACAGCCCUCCCGCUGCCAGGACGCGCUCGAGCUGCCCAGCCAGGAGACAACCGGGACUCCAGGCGGCGCUCGGCCGGUUUUGCCCCGGCAGCCCGCAGGCUGAGGCAGCAGGUGGCUUAGUUCCUCCAGGGCUAGAGUGGCACAGGAAGAUCCAAACCUGCUCUGUACCACUUGGUGACAUCUGGGUGACACCUCAGGUGAAAAUCUGGCUUGAAAAUUUCUGCCCAGGCCCCUUCCUGCUUUGCAGGCUAAGCCGCCCUCUGGGUGGGUUGCUGGUAGCCUCAGCCUGGAGGUGAGCCAGUCCCCAGCGCAUCCCCACCCUGGGGCAGGCCAGGAGGGACACGGGCAGGACUGCUGUGAGGAGCUCCCUGCUGCCCCCUCGCUGACUUGGGAUGGGCAGGGCCCCAGCAGAGGGGCCCCUCUCCGUGUCUGGCCACCCUCUGGCCAGAAAGCACUCAGAAACCAGCCCUCCCCAUCCCCCCGCCCCACAUGGUGCUGAGGCUCCCGCUGAAAUGCAAUUAAAGCAAUUGAUUUUCUAGUGCUGGUAUUUAUUGACUACUGGGCAGAAGGGCUAUCUUUCUAUCCACAUCAAACCUUUGGUUGUGUGUAUGUUUUUUUUUUUUUUUUUUAAAUACUUUAGGAUUCUGAUUUGUGGGAACAGACCUUGUUACCUUGAUGUAAAUAACCACUAUUCGAGUUGCGGCAGCAGGAUAAAGCAAGAGGCCCCUCCAGCAAAGCUCUGGAGCCGGGGGGUGGCCACAGCCAG